AUGGGCUUCGACCCAUCCGCCGCAGUCUUAAGAACAGCUAACUCCGCUCAGUCGGAGUAUCAACACACAAUCUCUGGCAACAGAUCACUGGAAUCAGGGGAGCAACCCAUGCAAUCGCAGUGUCUCAUCGCGCGCCUCUCGCGUAGCGCAUUCAUGAUGCUAUUUACCUUUUCGCUGCUAGCCACCAGCAGUGCUGUGGCCGAUGACGAAUCGUCCAAAGAACCGAAGUCGAAGUUUCCGGCCUGGGACGAUGUGCUGAAAGAUCACAAGAAGCUCGAGGGCUUCUUAGACCUGCACUACAACGAGAAAGAGCAAUCGCUGUUCGUCGAAUUGAAGUCGAGCGAUAUGGAUAAAGACCUGCUGUUGCCCAUGGCCAUCGCCCGGGGUGCCGGCAGCAUGAUCCUCGGCGGCGACACGCUCAACUUCGGCAAUCAAUGGGUCAUUCAGUUCCGCCGCUCGGCCGACAAGGUGCUUGUGGUCCGCCGAAACGUGACCGUUCGCGCGGAGAAGGGUUCACCGCAAGCCGACGCGGUCGAUGUUUCGUACAACGACAGCGUGAUCCUAGCCCUGCCCAUUCGCAGCGAGAAGGGCAGCACGGUUCUGGUCAAUGCGGCCGACAUGUUCAUGACUGACCUGGCCGACAUUGGCAUUCGCCCCGAUCGUCAGCGAAGCACGUGGUUCAAGGUGAAAAACUUCCCCGAGAAUGUCGUGAUUCAAGUGAGUGCGGUCUUCUCGUUCAACGGGGGACUGUUCUUCCUGUUCGGUGGCGAUGACAUCCCCGACAUGCGUGGUGCCCAGGUGGUGAUUCAUUACGGCCUGUCCGACAUGCCGAACGAUUCGAGCUAUAAGCCGCGACUGGCCGACGACCGCGUGGGCCACUUCUUAAGCACGGUUCGCGAUUUUUCAGCCGACUCGGACAAGACCCCCGACGUGCGGUACGUGACCCGUUGGAAUUUGAAUAAGAGCGACGCCUCGGCCGAUAAAUCGCCGCCGAAGGAACCGAUCAUCUUCUGGAUCGAACGUACGGUGCCGCGCGAGUACCGCCCCUUUGUGAAGGACGGCAUCCUGGAGUGGAACAAGGCCUUCGAGAAGAUCGGCUUUAUCGAUGCGAUUCAGGUUCGCGAUCAGCAAGCCACCGACGAGUUCGAGUCGGAAGACAUCCGUUACAACACCUUCCGUUGGAUCGCCACGUCGCAACCCUUUGCAAUGGGCCCCUCGCGAACGAACCCCACGACGGGGCAGAUUCUGGAUGCCGACAUUCUGUUCGAUGAAUCGUUCGUGCGGUACUGGCGCGAAGAUUACCUGGCCACCGUUGGCUUGCCCGCAGGCAUGAAGCGUCUCGACGACCGCAUCAGCCAUCAGGCGUGGCACAAAAUGCAUGCCGCCGACUUGCCGUGGGUCGUUUUAGCCCAACCUCAGUUGGAACAGAUCAUGAAAGACCCUCAAGCCGCCGAGGCGUUGGCCGCCCGCAAUGCGUUGGGCAUUCCGGCCGCCAAGUCGACCGCCUGCGGAAUGUGCUCGCCCAGCGAGCGCUGCAUGUUGGGGCAGGGCAUGAACCGGCAACUCGGUCUCAUGGCAGCUUUUCUGCAGGCCGAAGGCAAACUUGAUCCUGGCGGCAAGGUUCCGCUGGAGUACAUAGGUCAGGCCAUUAAAGAAGUGACGAUGCACGAAGUCGGGCACACGCUCGGACUGAGGCACAACUUUAAGGCCUCCACCGUGCUGAGCCUCGAAGAAUGCAACAACCCCGAGAUCACACGCGAAAAGGGCAUGGCCGGCUCGGUGAUGGACUAUCUCCCCGCCAACUUCGCCCCUGAGGGUGAAGAGCAGGGCGACUACUUCUCGCAAACCAUCGGCCCCUACGACUAUUGGGCCAUUGAAUACGCCUAUACGCCCAACGGCAGUGAAGAGGAACUGGACAAGAUUGCCAGCCGCGUGGCCGAGCCCGAAUUGACCUACGCCACCGACGAAGACGCUUUUUCCAAUCCCGACCCCCGUAUCAACCUUUACGACCUGGGCGAUCCUUUGGAAUUCGCCGAGCAACGCGUCCAACUCGUCGAGCAGCGUCUGAAGGAGUUGGCCGAACGCGUGGUCGCCGAAGGCGACGGCUGGCAGCGAGCCCGAGUAGCAUUUUCGAACCUCAUGGGCGAACUUUCCAGCGCCACUUUUCUCAGUGCGCAGUACAUCGGUGGCGAAUACACCUAUCGCGACCACCGCGGCGACCCGAACGCUCGCGACCCCUUCACGCCGAUCCCGGCGGAAAAGCAACGUGAAGCGAUGAAGUUCCUCAGCGAGCACAUUCUCAGCGACGACGCGUUCAGCUUCUCACCCGAGUUGCUCCGCCGCCUGGCGCCCGAGCAUUGGCGCUCUUCCGGCCUCUUCAUGAGCAGUUCGACGAGCUAUCCCAUUUACGAUAUUGCCGAAAGCAUUCAAGGCACCGUUGUCUCGCAAUUCCUCAACGGCACCGUGCUCCGCAACAUCCAGAACAUCGAACUGCAUGCUGAUGAAGAUCAAGAUGUGCUGCGGAUGCCCGAGGUGUUCGACAUGCUGACUGAAAGCAUUUGGAGCGAAGUGCCCACGGAAGCCCCCGGCGAAGAGGAAGAGCUCGAAGUCAACAUUUCGACCAUUCGCCGCAAUUUACAAAGGGCCCAUCUGCAGCGUCUCUCGCAGAUGUCGCUGGGCAACUCGGCUCAACCGGCCGAUGCCCAAAACCUGGCCAACAUGCACCUGGUUGGCCUGGCCGAGCGAAUCACGAUGACGCUCGAGAACGAGCAGAUCGAGAUGGACGACUACACCCGGGCCCACCUCAUGGAAAUGGACCGCAAGCUCGAGAAGUUGUUCGAUGCCACACUUCAAGUGAAUCGCGUCGAGCAUGGAGUUCGCCGCCUGAUCGAUUGGUGCCUCGACCUUCAGACGAGAGCUAUUAGGAUGGCUGAUCAAGGAAGAGUUGCCGAAGGCGAACUUCUCGCGCGGCUCGAUCGACUGCCCACAUGGCCGUAUUCGUACAACGUGCUAGUCGUCGUGGGGGCGGGUUUCUUCUUUUCCUUCUUCGACGUCGUGGCGAUCGGUUUCGCCAUGCCGGUCUAUUCGAAACAGUUCGGUGUCUCCGACGAGAUGGCCUCGUGGGCGAUCACCAGCGGGCUCAUCGGCUACAUCAUUGGUUCAUUCUUGGAUAGCCGCAUAGCCGACAAGUUCGGUCGGCGGAUUAGCUUGUUCCUUUCGGUGUUCGCCUUUUCCUUCGGUUCGAUCAUGGCCGCCACCAGCCCCGGCUUGUGGUGGUUAGUGGGUUGGCGGUUUCUGGCAGGGAUGGGCAUCGGGGCCGAAAUCGCCUUGGCCACCACGUACAUCGGUGAGAUGUCGCCCGCCCCGUUGCGUGGCCGCUAUUCCGGCUGGGCCGUCUCGGCCGCCUUCCUGGGAUUCGCCGUGGUGCCCUUUGUGGCACUGGCUUUGGUGCCGAACUUUGCAUGGGGAUGGCGAGCACUGUUCGUCAUCGGUGGUCUUGGCGGUUUGACAAUCGCCUACAUGCGGAAACAUCUGCCCAACUCCGUGCACUGGCUUGUUGGGCAAGGCCGUGGCCACGAGGCGGCCGAACUCGUCGAAGCAGCCGAGACUCUCGUUCGCCAACGAAUCGGCAAAGAAUUGCCGCCCGUCCCUGCACCUUCAACCGACGCGGUCGAAACAUCAACCUCGAUCGUGGGCCUGUUCCGUUCACCUUACGCAGGACGAUUGGUACUGCUGGCCACCGCGUGGUUCUUUUACUACGUUGGCAACUACGCUUGGCUCACCCUCACCCCACAACUGCUCGGCGAUAUCGGCUAUGACCUGAGCAAUAGCAUCUUCUUCAUGACAAUCACCGGGCUAGGCUUUGUCGUGGGAGCUGUGGCUGCCGCCAUGAUCAGCGAUCGCAUCGAACGCAAACUGGCCGUCACGCUUAUCGCCAUCGUCUGGGGAAUCUCGCUGUUGGUAAUCGGCUGGUUUCCGUCGGAGGCCAUCAUCAUGGUCUUCGGAUUCGUAGCUUCCACAACCAUCGGGCUGUUGAUCCCACUGUUGUAUACCUACACCGCAGAGAACUUCCCCACGCGAUUUCGCGCCACGGGCAUCUCCCUUUCCGACGGCAUCGGACACCUGGGCGGUGAGCAUUCUUCGCCAAGCCGAACCGCAUUCUGCACGAGCGCGGUGAUAUUUCGGCCCAUUCACUGGAAACGGUCCCCUUUUCGGGACAAACUGGGCGGAUGCUCUCGGUUCGGUUUUCCCACCAUCCUCCAUCCCACGCAUGGUGAUAUGAAGUACGUGUAUGCAUUCCUGCUAGUCGCCGCGUCGUUGUGCACGACAUCGCUGGCCGCCGAUCGCCCCAACGUGUUGAUCAUCUUGGCCGACGACCUGGGCUAUUCCGACUUGGGUUGUUACGGCAGCCGGAUCGAAACGCCCAACCUCGACUCGCUCGCCAGCGACGGUCUGCGGUUCACGCAGUUCUAUAACACGGCCCGCUGUUGGCCGACUCGAGCCGCGUUGAUGACCGGCUAUUACGCUCAGCAAGUCCGACGUGACACAAUUCCGAACAUCAAAAGCGGCUCGCGUGGUAGCCGGCCGGAGUGGGCUCCGCUGCUGCCGACCAUGCUCGAGCCGCUGGGUUACCGUUCGUAUCACUCAGGCAAAUGGCACAUCGACGGAAUGCCGGUGGCCAGCGGGUUCGAUCGCUCUUACUACCUGCAAGACACCGGACGGUUCUUCAAUCCCAAGGUGCAUUAUCUAGACGACGAGAAACUCCCUGCCGUGGAGCCGGGAACCGACUUCUACGUCACUUCUUCGAUUGCCGAUCAUGCGAUCGAGUUCCUAGAAGAGCACGCCGAGAAGCACUCCGACCAACCCUUCCUGCAGUACCUGGCGUUCACAUCGCCGCACUUCCCGCUGCAUGCGAAACCCGAGGACAUCGCUCGGUACCGCGACAAGUUCAAGGAAGGAUGGAACCAGGCCCGGGAGCAGCGGCUCGCGCGAAUGCACGAGAUGGGCAUCGUUGAUGUCCCACUGUCGGAAGUGGAACUGGAAGUCGGGCCUCCCUAUCACUUCCCCGAAGCUCUUGAAACGCUCGGUCCUGGUGAGGUGAAUCGCCCGUUGCCUUGGAGCGAUCUCACCGAGGAGCAGCAAGAGUAUCAAGCCAUCAAGAUGGCCCUGCAUGCGGCGAUGAUUGACCGCAUGGACCGCGACAUCGGGCGCGUGCUCGAUCAGCUUCGUGCGAUGGGGGCGUUUGAAAACACCUUGGUCUUCUUUCUCUCUGAUAACGGUGCCAGCGCCGAGAUCAUGGUCCGAGACGACGGACACGACCCCAACGCGGAGCCUGGUUCAGCGGCGACUUACUUCUGCCUGGGACCCGGCUGGUCGAACGCCGCGAACACGCCGUUCCGUCGCCAUAAAACUUGGGUGCAUGAGGGCGGGAUCUCCACGCCACUGAUCGUGCAUUGGCCCGAAGGCAUCAAAGCCCGGGGUGAACUUCGGCGAAACCCAGGCCAUGCCAUCGACAUCGUCCCCACCGUGCUCGAAGCGGCCGGCGGUAAACGGCCCGAGACCAUCGCAGGGAAGCCGGUGCCACAGCCGCCGGGAGAGAGCCUCGUUCCGGUUUUUGCCGAAGAUGGAACGGUGAAGCACGAUUCGUUCUGGUGGUUGCACGAAGGGAACCGUGCGAUUCGCGUGGGCGAUUGGAAACUGGUCGCCGCCAAAGACGACCCCUGGGAGUUGUUCGACCUGAGCACCGACCGCUCGGAGACAAACAACCUGGCGGAGGAGUAUCCAGACAAGGUCCGAGAGCUGGCCGCGCUGUGGGAGCAGCAAACGGCCGAGAUUGCCGAGCUGGCUAGCGCCGAUGUUCCGCGCGAGGAGGCUGCCAGCACGAACAAGAAAAAGAAAAAGCCGGUCAAAGAUUUGAUCUUGCCCGGCAAGUCGUUCUUGGUUGAAGGUCGUCCCGCAUUCAUCUUCCAACCGCCGGAUAAGCCGCAAGCCAAACCGCGUCCGUGGAUCAUGUAUGGCCCCACGCUGCCCAAGUAUCCCGAUGCUCAUGAGAAGUGGAUGCACGAGCAAUUCGUGAAGGCCGGCAUAGCGGUGGCCGGCAUCGACGUGGGCGAAGCGUACGGCAGCCCCAAAGGCUGUGAGUACUUCGAUGCCCUGUACCGCGAGAUGACCGAGAAGCGUGGUUACGCCAAGAAACCUUGCCUGCUCGGCCGCAGUCGCGGGGGCCUGUGGGUUUCCAGUUGGGCCAUCAAGCAUCCCCAUCAGGUCGCAGGCAUCGCCGGAAUCUAUCCUGUGUUCGAUCUCCGCACCUACCCUGGCCUCGAGAAAGCUGCACCCGCUUAUGAGUUGAGCCCCACCGAUCUGCAAGCCUCGCUCACGAAGUACAACCCGAUCCAACGGGUCGCUACGCUGGCUGCCGAGAAGAUUCCCGUGUUCUUCAUUCACGGCGACAUUGACGAAGUGGUACCGCUGAAAGAAAAUUCGGCCGCCUUCGUUGAAACGUACGAGCAGGAAGGUGCCGAAUCACUCGCGGAGUUGAUCGUUGUCGAAGGGCAGGGGCACAACUUCUGGGAAGGGUUCUUCCACUGUCAGGAACUGGUCGACUUCGCCAUCGCUCGAGCCCGUGCGGGUGCCGGCGAAGAAUAA